AUGCAGUUACAACCACAUACGCACAGGACCAUUCCACAAAAUAAUAAGUCUCAUACAGCACACAGUUCAGAUAAUCAGAAUAUAGUUCAGAUAAUCAAGAAAUAUCAGUUCAAGAUCAGAUAUCAAGAAUAUAGUUCAAAUAAUCAAGAAUAUCGUUCAGAUAAUCAAGGAUAUAGUUCAGAUAAUCAAGAAUAUAGUAAUCAAGAAUAUAGUUCAGAUAUUCAAGAAUAUAGUUCAAAUAAUCAAGAAUAUAGUUCAGAUAAUCAAGAAUAUAGUUCAGAUAAUCAGGAUAAUAGUUCAGAUAAUCAAGAAUAUAGUUCAGAUAAUCAAGAAUAUAGUUCAGAUAAUCAAGAAUAUAGUUCAGAUAAUCAAGGAUAUAGUUCAGAUAAUCAAGAAUAUAGUUCAGAUAAUCAAGGAAUAUAUUCAGAUAAUCAAGAAUAUAGUUCAGAUAAUCAAAAUAUAGUUCAGAUAAUCAAGAAUAUAGUUUCAGAUAAUCAAGAAUAUAGUUCAGAUAAUCAAGAAUAUAGUUCAGAUAAUCAAGAAUAUAGUUCAGAUAAUCAAGAAUAUAGUUCAGAUAAUCAAGAAUAUAUCCAAGAACGCUGCAACAAUGAUAGAAAUAUCCUGCCAUCACGGACGCCUCUCGGGGCUCUGCAGCAAACACAAUCCGAUAUGAAGCAUCCUCAGUCUGUGAACAGAGGGUGGAUCUAG